AUGAAUGAAUCCAGACUAAAGACAAAUACAUCAUCUACUAGCAUGAAUACAGUACCCAAUGCAACACGGAAAGAGGAUUCAACUUCAGUUUAUACAGAUACUAUUGCAGAGAGGCCUAAGCGAAAGUGGCUCAUCAAAAUUAAAAUGUCAGCUUGGUCUUUAUUUGUCAAAUACUGGUUUUUAUUAGGUCUAAUGAUUGCAAUUCUAUUAGCUGUCUUUUUCCCAAAUGUUGCUAGAAAAGGUGGCUAUAUUCGAGCAGAGUGGACAAUCAAAUGGGGUGCUGUUAUCGUUAUCUUUUUAAUCUCUGGUUUAUCAUUACGUACAAAAAUAUUAGCAGAAACAAUUUUACGUAUUCGACUUCAUUUAUUGAUUCAAAUAAUUAAUUUAAUUAUCAUUCCAUUUACUGUCUUUGGCCUCGUUUUACUCUUCUUUAAAUUACAUAUGAACAUUAGUUCUUUAUUGCUUGUAGGCAUCGUGAUCGCAGCAAGUACACCUACAACUGUCUCGUCCAAUGUUGUCAUGACUAAAAAUGCGUGUGGAAAUGAAGCAUCCGCAUUAAUGAAUGCGGCUCUUGGUAAUGUACUUGGUAUUUUUGUAUCACCUGCAUUGGUGUCUGUCUUUCAAGGCCCUCUCUUACAAGCUACACCUGAAGAUGAAAGUGCAGCACAAGUAGGUGGUCAGGUUGAUUUUGUUCAAGUCUUGAAACAAUUAGGUUUAACUGUACUUGCUCCACUUAUUGUAGGGCAAAUGAUUCAAUGGUUUUGGACAGAUGCAGUCGCUAAAUUCAAGGUGAAAUGUCGUCUCUCAGACGUGAGUAGCUUGAUGUUAUUAACCAUGGUCUGGUCUGUCUUUAGUGAUGCAGUCUAUUCCGGUUCCUUCUCUGCUGUCACGCCUAAAGAUAUUAUUGCCGUAGCCAUCAUCAAUGCUGGUCUUUAUAUCAUUUUUUCUUUAUUAUCCUUAUUCUUGGCUCGAUUACCCUUACCAGCUUGGUUCUCGGUACCUACGAUUGUGAAAAAGUGGAGGUAUUCACGUGAAGAUACUGUAGCUGUCAUGUUUUGUGGUGCUACAAAAACAGUGGCUAUGGGAGUCCCUUUAAUUAAUGUCCUUUAUCAAAAUGGUGAUCCUGGUACUGUAGGUGUCUUGUCUACACCAUUACUUUUAUACCAUGUUGAACAAUUAAUAUUUGGUAAUAUUGAAGUGGAACUAUUAAAGAAAUGGGUGAAGGCAGGUCAAAAGGAUCAAGAAAAAGAAGAAGAAGAAGAAGAGCGACUCGCAAGUGAUGAAGAAAAUGUGAUUAUAAAUGACAGUGAAGUCACACGUGCUCAAUUAAACAUGCAUUCAAGUUCCUUUUCACCUUCACCUUUAUCACAGUCCCAUCUUGAGAAAUAA